AUGUUCUCGCUCACCAAGGUCGCUACCUUCGCGCUCUUCGCCCUCGGCGUUGCUGCAUCCACCGUUCCAGCCAAGCGCCAGUCCUCUGAGGCUGCCACCAUCCUCAACGAUCUCGCCGAGACGAUCACUCCCAUUGCUGCUGAGCUCGGAUUCCUUACGCCCGCGAACGCGUCCAUCCUCACCGUGACGCCAAUUGUCACGCAGAUGAACGCCAUGAUGGUCGCAGCUCAGGGCAAGCUCGCUGCGCUUCCAGCUGGCUCUGCCGCAAGCGACAAGACCGCCACCAUCAAGGCCCUGGCCAAUGUCUUCACCGCUUCGCUCACCCCCGGCAACAAGCUCGUCGCCACCCCUGGUGUCAGCGCGGUUACCAUUGUCCCUAUCUUCACCCAGAUCGGUAUCACUCUCGCGGCACUCCUCGCUGACGUCGUCACGCUCGUCGAAGAGGUCCUCACUGUAGUUGUCGACCUCCUCGACGGCCUCAUUGCUGGUCUAGAGGCCACCCUCACUGACCUUGGCCUCACCGGUCUUACCGCUAUGGGGUUCUAA